AAUAAUAAUAAUCAUCAUGAUUGAAAUAACGGCAAAAUUAAUUAGGGGACCUGUAUAUUUUUCUGGAGAAGUUAUAGAAUGUUUAGUUACAUUCAGUAACCCACCAAAUCCAAUUCAUCAAAUAUCUCAAAGUAAUAGUGAUAUCUUUGAGAGUCUUGCAUGGGCUAGUGCUCAAGUUCAUUGCCAAUGUUCAACAAAUAGUAAACUUGUGGUCUCAGAAAAAUUGAAUACUACAGCCCGAUUAGUAGCUAUUAAUGCAAAUACAACAUUUGCACCGUGGCAACAGGAUAAUGGCCAUGUUGUAUUAAAUACAAAACCCAAAAUUUUGUUCUGUGAUUUGAGAUUGUCUCCUGGUGAAAGUAAAACAUAUAUCUAUAGAGAAAUAAUUCCAAGUGAUGCACCUCCAUCUUAUAGAGGACAUGCAGUGAAGUAUUCCUAUAAAAUCACAGUUGGAACUCAAAGAGUAAAUACAGCUAUAAAAUUGCUAAGAGUUCCAUUCAGAGUACUUUCUUUAAGUGGUAAGAUCGAUACAUUUGUUUUGAAGAAACAUGUUACAUAUCAUUUAACCAUUACAAUUUCAACAGAGCUACCUGAGGUGACUGCUUGUAAUGAUAGUGUUGAUUUAAGUCCUAAUAAUCCAUUCAUGGAAACACAACACAGAGAAACUUCUUUAGAUGUUGCAUUGCAAACUCUUCAGAAUUUAACUGCAAGACGUAGUCCGAAUUUUUAUAAUAUUACUAACGGACGAGGACGCGUUGUAAGAUUCUGCCUUUUUAAAAAUUCUUACAAACUUGGGGAGGACAUAGUUGGAACAUUUGAUUUUUCAAAUGCUACUGUUUCCUGUGCACAAGUAUCUGUUGCAUUACAGUCAGAAGAACAUAUCUCAGAGGACUACAGACGAGGAAAGAAUACAGCUCCUACUUUAGUUAGUUACAAUAAGCAUCAUGAAAUGUGUAUGGGUUUAAAGUACUCUCACUUGGUACUACCCAUACCAUUACAUGUAACUCCAGAUUUUACCACUGACUUGAUGACUCUAAAAUGGAGAUUACACUUUGAAUUUGUUACAACAUCUAAACUGAUAGAAACGCCCAACAAAAAUACUAUGAAUUGGCAGGGUCCAUUGACGUUAGAUGUUGAAACAAUGAUUUGGGAUUUGCCUGUUCAUAUUCAUCCAACUACCACACCUCCUAAUACUGCUCAACAAACAAAAUAUAAUAUAGUGAUAUAGCCAAUUUAAAGUAUAAUGUAUGAAUCUUAAUAAUAUUUUGUACAGAAAAAUGUA